CAAAUGUCUGUCCAAUGAAAGGCAGGCUGGCUGUGGGAAGAACAGGGGAGGUUCAGGUCUCCAGAAGUCAUUAUGCAACGCAAGCCAACUGUAUAAAACCGAGCGGAAAAACAAGGGGAUCCCUGCAAUCGGCUCGCUCCUUUUUGGUAACAAGAAUGCUGCUGUACGCUGUGGCCCUCUGCCUCCUGGCUUUGUCCUGGGCAAAUGACUGCCAGGUGGCCAACAUCCAGGUCAUGCAGAACUUUGACAAGACCCAGUACGCGGGGGUAUGGUAUGCCGUAGGAAAGAAGGACCCAGAGGGUUUGUUCUUACUCGACAACAUAAUGGCCAACUUCACAGUCGCAGAAAACGGCCAUAUGACCGCCAAUGCCAUGGGCAGAGUCAAGAUCUUCAACCAGUGGGAUCUCUGCGCCAACAUGUUCGCCACCUUUACGGAAACCCCCGAACCUGCCAAGUUCAGGAUGAAGUACUGGGGAGCCGCGUCCUACCUGCAGACCGGAAACGACGAACACUGGGUAAUUGACACCGACUACUACAACUACGCCAUCCAGUACUCGUGCAGACUAACAGACGCCGACGGCACUUGCGCAGACAGCUACUCCUUCAUAUUCUCCCGUUAUCCGGGCGGCCUGAGGCCGGAGGACCAGAACGUGGUCACCCGCAAGAAGGACGAGAUCUGCCUGUUGGGCAAAUACAGACGCGUCGCGCACACUGGUUUCUGCCAGAACAGCGAAAGCCUCAACCUACCGUUAGAUCAACAGUAACACUCUUUUUCUGCUUUAUUUUUUGUGAAAUGACCACCUCUGGGACUGUGUGCCCCAUCUGCUGGACUUUGACACAAAUGUUGUUUGUUGUACAGGAUCUUCAGUGUAGUGUGAGACAACCUUUGUCGUGCUUCCAGUGAGAAAUCUAGACAUAUCAGAUAACUGGAAAAAAACAACAAACAGCCUUUGAUCGAGUCAAUGAGAAAAUUAAUCAUUUGUAAAAAAAAAAAAAAAGAGUCACUUUGAAGUGAAGCUGAACUCUGAGCAUUACCGCAACCCUCGACUCUGAGCACCAUGUUUCCUGAAAGAACCCGGCUCACAAGUCACUGGCCUCGCUUUUACUCUGAAGGACGCAGAGUAUCUCGUAGCACAAAGGCAGAUAUUGUUUAUGCAUUUUAAAUACAUCCAUAUCAAGUCAUGUGCUAUAUACACAUGGUAGUUUGGCUGUGUCUUGACUGUAUGAUGGAGGUUUCCUGAUUGAGUUUUUGAAAUAAAUCAUUCAUAUCA